AUGGCUUCAAAUUUAAAGGGACGUGGUAGUCCAGCUACAUCUGCAGAAAUAUCAUUGAUUCAUCUAAAGAAUUGCUUGGUUAACUUGCCUUCAUCAUUAUCUUCAUUGCUGGUUAACAUCAAUGCGCUUGCGCAAAAUGUGAUAAUAGAAUUAAACUACCGACUUCCACCUCCUCAAGGCCAGAAUCAAACGAAUGGUACCCCGACUCAACGAUCCAUCUUCGUGGGAUGGACAGGUAUGCAAAGCAAGCGCAAGCUUGCGCCUAUUGUUGGAAGAGAUGGUAUAAAUGGAGCUAGGGGAUCUGGCAGAGAGCAAGAAGUUCAGAUUGUGGAGAUAGAUGCAACCUUUGCGCGAACCUUGGGAAUAUUAGAUGGACAAAAAAUCACAGCCAGCAUACAUGUUGAUCCUCCUGUUUCCCAUACAAUUAAUAUGGAACCUUUAACUCCCGAAGACUGGGAAAUUAUAGAAUUGCAUGCUACCUUUCUCGAACUAAACUUCAUAAAUCAGAUCCGCGCAUUACCCAAUCCAAGCUUCACUUCAUCCAAUGGACCGUCGCUUCCUCCUCAUCCUCUUACGUUACAUCUUUCGCCAACCUCGACUGCGAAUAUUAUAAUCACGUCCCUCCUUCCUGCCACGCCUUCGAACGUCGCCUUUACAAAAUUAGCACCCGACGCGGAGGUUAUUGUGGCACCUAAGACAAGAUCCAAACCAUCACGAACUUCGGGCGAAAAUAUGAGCGUAUCUUCGAGGAAAAGCGUUGGCGGAGGAAGCGUUUCUAGUACAGUAGCUCGGAAGAGUGGACGGAUUGAAGAAGCGAGGCCGGCUAUGUUUUUCAGAGGAAUCGAUAGGGCAGUCUGCGGGGAGUGGUUUGAAGAAGAGAAAGAUCUAGAUGAUGGAGGAUUGAAAGUCUGGGUUGAUGAAGAUCUACUUCUUUCCAAGACUCUGAAAGGGAUUACUUGGGUCUGCGUCACCGUCAUCAAGCCCGAAAGUUUACAAGAACCGAUUGACCCACAGCGACAACAACAAGAAAACGAAAACAACGCGGUUGCUGGGAAAGCUGCACCAAAGGUGGUAGCUAGAUUGAUGGCAUGGGAUGAUCCACCAGAUGAGAGUCAUGUAGCUCUAUCUACUUCGCUUUGUGCCUCCAUGGGCUGUGAGAACAUGGUCGGAGGUCUGGUAAUGCUUGAGCCAGCUCCACCUCAAGCUUCAAAACCAACUUUUCCACCGUCUUCUAAAACUGGAAUUCCACACAUCAAGAUAUUCCCCUAUUCAUCUAGUACGGGAAAGGCUAGCGAGAGUCUCAAAUUUGGUGGGGAAUCGAAAGCCGAACGUGAAGAAGCUGCGAAAUUAAUUACCAAGAUGUAUACUAAGAAUGGUUCUAACAACGGCAUUCUUGAGGGACCAUUGACUGACGGCUUGGUACUCGGCAAACCAUCAGGUUCUGAUUAUCCGUCAAGUUGGGAAGGUGGAAUGCUUCGGCUGGAGCAAGCACAGCCGGAUCCUGGAAAAAUACGCUGCAAUUGGUUCCUUGGUUCUGAACGAAAAUUCAAUCUUGAGGUCCAAGCCGCUAUUCCAAGACCCCUAGCCCUUGUGACACAAACAAUCGAUGGUAUUGGUGCACAAGCGCCUGUUCUUGUAGGUAUCGAUAAUCUCUUAGAACAACUAGAAUCACGUCUUACAAGCAUAUCUUCGGUAUUACUCACUGGUGCAUUGGGGGCCGGUAAGACAUCAGUGGCGCAUCUCUUAGCUCAUCGGUUACGGCAAAAACAUAUGUUUCAUACCACUUAUCUUUCAUGUCGGAAACUUGUUACGGAUGAGGCACGUAUCUCAACCAUAAAGGAAACUUUGAAUCGAGUAUUUAUGGGUGCUUUGUGGGGUGCGAGGAAUGGUGGACAGUCCAUCGUGAUAUUGGAUGAUCUUGAUAAGUUGUGUCCUGUGGAGACAGAGCUUGAAGUAGGUAAUGACAAUCUUCGAAGCAAGCUACUGAGUGAGGCAAUGGUUACAAUUGCCAGAGAAUACUUGGUCCGAAAUUGUGGCGUUGUUCUACUUGCAACCGCUCAAGCAAAAGAGUCUGUUCACAAGGUCAUCAUUGGUUGUCAUGUCGUGCGGGAAAUUGUCCCGUUAAAAGCUCCAAAUAAAGAAGGGCGUAGGAGAGUUGUGGAGAUGGUUGCGAGGCAAAAUGCCAUCUCGGAAAUCAUCAAAAAGCCAGUGGUAUCUGGCAGUCGUCCAAGCACCGCAAACAAUAGCGAAAGAGAUAAUGAUGGUGAUUGGAUGGACGGUCCAAGUAUGGAAAGUCCAAGGAAAGUGGAAGGCGAUGGUUACAUCAUUGACCAAGAUCUCGAUUUCUUAGAUUUAGCAGGAAAAAGCGAUGGUUACAUGCCUGGAGAUCUUGUCCUUCUGGUAGCGCGAGCCAAGAGUGAAGCGAUGAUUCGGACAGUCUCGAGUUCGCUAAAAAAUGACGAUAGUGGUUCUAUUCGACUCACGAGAGAAGACUUUGAUAGUGCUCUGAAAGGAUUUACCCCUGCGUCACUUCGUAAUGUUACCCUGCAAACGUCCACCACGACAUUCGACUCGAUCGGAGGCCUACAUGAGAUCCGAAGGAUUUUACUCGAGACAUUACAGUACCCUAUCACUUAUGCGCCUCUUUUUGCACAAUGUCCACUGCGAUUACGAUCAGGGCUUCUCUUGUACGGAUUCCCAGGUUGUGGUAAAACACUCCUUGCAAGUGCGGUUGCAGGAGAAUGCGGUCUGAACUUUAUUAGUGUCAAGGGCCCUGAAAUUCUCAACAAAUAUAUUGGUGCAUCUGAGAAGUCUGUCCGCGAUCUUUUCGAGCGAGCUGAAGCCGCUAGACCUUGUGUACUAUUCUUCGACGAGUUCGAUUCCAUAGCCCCUAAGCGUGGUCAUGACUCCACUGGUGUAACCGAUCGAGUAGUCAAUCAAUUGUUGACACAAAUGGACGGUGCUGAAGGUUUAUCUGGAGUUUAUGUUCUUGCAGCUACUUCAAGACCAGAUUUGAUUGAUCCGGCAUUACUUCGUCCGGGUCGUUUGGACAAGUCCCUUUUAUGUGAUCUUCCAACUGUGGACGAUCGUUUUGAUAUUCUCAAAGCACUAGGCAAAAAGCUUAAAUUGUCCGAAGAAGUUCGAGAUGGUCCUCAAGGAGGGUUCCUUGAGAUUGCUCGUAGGACUGAGGGUUACUCUGGCGCAGAUCUCCAAGCUUUAAUAUCUAAUGCUCAACUUGAAGCCAUCCACGAUGUACUUGGUGAUCACGAAGAAAAAGAGGCUGGUGAAAAGCGCAAUGGAGCCAAAACGAAUGGGGCAUCUGGCGCAUCUCAAAAUUUCAUACAAUUCCGCUAUGGCGAAGAUGAAGAACAGGCGGAAGCCGAGACGCGUGCAAAAGCUGGUAAUAACCGUUCCAAACAACUUACCGAGAGAGCUGCCAUCACGGCCAAGUUGGAAGAGAUCAAAAAAGCCAAAAAGAGGGAAAAAUUACGGGCAAAGGGUAUUGAUGUUUCAAAUGAUGAGAGGGGAGAACAGAAGGAAGUUAAAGGUCAGCAGGAAGUCACCAUUUUGUGGAAACAUUUGGUAAAAGGUUUGGAGGAGACGAGAGCAAGUAUUAGUGUGGAUGAGAGAAGGAGAUUACAAGGAAUUUAUAGGGAGUUUUUGGUGGGAAGGACUGGAGAUAUGCCGAAUGGACAGGGUGGAACGGAGGUUGGUGGGAGGUCAAGUUUAAUGUAG